AUGGCAAUGGAGGCGGUCGGAGCAGCAACAACAGGGCGGACGGAGACAGGCCCUGCAACUAGCAUCCGUACUCGUCGCACACCAACAAGGAGUGCUACACCCAGCGUCGGCAAGGGAAGAAGCAGGAGACCAAGCAGCAGCAGCCUCAGCAACAGCAGUAGCCUCAGCAACAGCAGCAGCCCCAACGACCGCAACAGCCCCCGCAACAGCAGCCGUCUCAGCAGCAACAGCAACCUCGGGGACCGCCGCCGCAGCAGCCGAGCCGCAGUGGGGGGGGCUGGGGGGGUGGGCCCCGGCACGGGCCUCACGGCGGCUACGGAGGACAGCAGCAUCAUGGACAUCGAGUUCCCCCUCGUACACCGCAGCAGCAGCGUCGGCCCCCGUACGGGCAUGCAAAUGUAAGUCAACUGUAUGGUGCCGCGCCCCAUGAGGGCACCGCGUAUGGUAACGAGUAUGGGGGGUGGGAGCAUCAGCCAUAGUAUCAGCAACCUUUGCCAGACUACAGCUUACAGGAGCAGCCGUAUUACCCGCCUCCGACAAUGUAGUACCAGCAGCAGCCUCCGCCACCGCCGCAGCCUCCGCCACCGCCGUCGUUCCAGCAGCAGCCGCAGCCGCAGCAGCACUCGACCCAUGCCCCGUACCAUUCGCCUCCUCCCGAUGCAGCCGGAUCCCCUGGGCAUCUUCACUUCCUCAAGACAGGUUUUGUGAAACAAGGCGAGAUCUUUCCAAGUGUGGUUGCGCGUGAGAAUGGUAGUGGUUCCGCUUUGUCUGUGAAGAGUCGCCCUUCGCAGAUUGGUAGAGAGCAAUUUUGGGCCGACAGCGGCGCGAGCAACACGUUUGUCAGCAGUAGCGAAAACAUGUUCGACAUGAAGCCAAUCCCAGCAGGAAAAGAGUUCAUCCAAGUAGGGAAUGGUGCCUAUCUGCGCGUGCAAUGUGUUGGUAGCAUCAACGUGGCAUUUCACAUGCCUGGCUCUACGGGCGAGACCGAUUUUUGCGUGCAGAUGUCGGACGUGUACGUAGUUCCCGGCAUCACGUUCAAUCUGUUUUCUCUGCACCAUACGCAGCGUAGGCAGAGAAUUACGUUGGAUGAAAAUGGCGUGCGUCUAUUCAAUGGCCAGCUUUCCUUUGCCUCCUCCGAUGUAGGAUGUUCUCUUUGGGCCACUCGCUUGCCUCCCACGUGUACCGGUAGUGCUGUAACCCUCGGUCCCGAUGCCCUCCCUCGUGUGCCUCCUCAAGCUCCCCCGCCUAGUGUUGGGACAGGCCUUGUUGUCGCGAACCCCCCUUUUCCCCCAAACAUAGGAGGGGGCACACAUGCGACUUCCAGUCCGCCGGUGGAGUCGCUGCCGGUGUUGUACCUUCGAGUUCGAGUGCGAGUCCGAGCUUCCAGUCCGCCGGUGGUGCCACUGCCGGUGUUGUACCUUGGUCUGCGAGUGCAUCUUCGAGCUUCCCAUCCGCCACUUCCGGUGUAGUGCUUCCGCAUUGUGCAUUCCCGCCCAUCGACGUAGAUGUAGUGCCAACGACUAUUGCCGACUACCAGCCUGUAAUCACGGCUGCCGUAGCAUCGUCUGAGAUUGUUUCUCCCUCCGUCGUUGACCCGAGCGAUUUUCGUUAAGUUGUGAUCAACUCCCUCAUCUCCCAGGACCAUUUGCCUCUCAUGGAUAUGAGCGUGUUCCUUGAUGUAGGCCUGAUGGAUGGCAUAGACUCGGUCCCACAGGGUGAUUUUUUUCCGGAU